CCAAUAGAAACCUGUAAGCCUCCCCCUCUCUUCGCUUUUUAGGGCUUUUUAUUUUUCGUCUGAAUUUAAAGUUUCAGUUCUUCUUAAAAGACCUAACAAAUUCAAUUAGAGCUUCAAUAUUAAUAUUUGAACAAGAUUUGAAUUACAGAUUUAUGGUGAUAAUGAACAGAUUAUGGAGAAUAGAGCAAGAACUCAGUUAAAAGAUACAUGGAAGGAGAUAGGAAACGAAGAGAGGGAAGCUGCAGUUCAAGAAGAAUUGAAAAGAAUGAAUCAACUUCCCCCGAACAGCACUUAUGUUACUCAUCGCGUACGUGUUCUCAACAAGAUUCUUCAACUGAUAUCGCUUCAGAGAACUACUUCACAGGACAAGGAGUUGGAGUUGCUCUUUGCUGGGCUGUCUCUGUGAACUAGAUUGGUCUAUUAACAUCAAUGGAGAAUGUCAAAUUGUGAACUUGUGAUUUCUCUGGACAAAGAUGAUCAAAAGUGACUUCAAACCUUGUGCACAAUGUGAAAUACGUUUCUAGCAUGAUCAAACAUGAUGCCGUAUGAAUAUCUUUUUGCUGCUUAGCUUUUGUCUGCUCUUUAUGUUUGGUUUCUGAGGGGCUAUCUUCUGGUAGCUGUAAUAUAAUCUUGCGGCAACAAUAUAAUAUAAGCAAAUUAUACUUUUGAUCUUUGA